AUGGCAGAGCAGAUCGAAGCUACUGCCAAGCCGUCUUUCCUUUCCCGGGCCAGCACUUUUGCCCUCAGCAAGGUGAAGGUGGGUACGCCGCUUUACUCUCUGGCUUACGGCGCAGCGGCGGGCGUCAUCCUCUCCGGCCUCGUCUAUGUGGGCCGGACCUUGAACAUCAUGUGCUUCGACCAUGAGUAUUACAAGAUCCAGAGCCGGAAGCGCUACUACGAGAAGCAGAUGCUCUUCUUCCGGGAGCAGGAGGAGACGAACCAAGCUCACUACUUGGCCUCCCUGUCUGGCGAGCGAGCCCGUCUCGUUUAA